AUGGUGACAGGUCCUGAUGUUAUGGGGACCCCAUACGAGGCCGGGUGCGUCCCGACGUAUGAGGGGAGAUAUGAUUGUGUGAUGGCUGGUGAGAAUGUAGCCAGGCCAGGGCUGACCCCAUACGUGGCCGGGUGCGUCCCGACGUAUGAGGGGAGAUAUGAUUGUGUGAUGGCUGGUGAGAAUGUAGCCAGGCCAGGGCUGACCCCAUACGUGGCCGGGUGCGUCCCGACGUAUGAGGGGAGAUAUGAUUAUGUGAGGGCUGGUGAGAAUGUAGCCAGGCCCAGGGUUGAGGUCGCACGCGUCUUUGGAUUAGCCGGCGUGUAG